AUGAGCCAACGUGAGUUAUUGUCAUAUCUUCUUCUUGAAGAAGUUGAAGAAGAAGAAUUUCUCAUAGAACAAUUAUUAGAAGAACAGGGGAAUGCAAACGAACAUCCCUUAUUUACGUCAAGGUCAGAAGAAGGAUUUUUUGAAAUAUUAGUUAACCGACAUUUAAUACACGAUGACAAGAAAUUCAGGGAGUUUUUCAGGCUGAAUAUUGAUCAAUUUAAUUACAUUUUGCAAUUGAUUGAAAAAGAUAUCACAGUAGAUUCUUCAAAUCGACAUCCAUACCCAAUAACUGCAGCGGAAAAAUUAGCCCUAACUUUGCGGUGA